AGGGGAUUGGUCAUGUUGGAAGAAGUGUUCUCUGCUUGAAACCCCUCUCUCUCUCUCUCUCUCUCUUCGUUCUUCUCUUUUUCUCUCGUCUCCCUCUGUCUCACUUCCGUAAAAGCAGCCAUGUACAGCUUCAACCAUGGCAGAAGGCCCAGAACUGCAACCCCAUGAAGACUAUGGUAAGUGGGUUUGGCUCUGUUUCUUGCCUUGUUGGUGCUUUCUUUGGUAGUGGUGGUGGUGGUAAAUUAAGUGGGAGUGGGGAAUGGGAGGAGAGAGCUGGGGAAUGGUGUCGCCGACGGUGGCUGUGGCGGCUGUCAAUGUGGAGAGGGAGGAGCAUUGGAAGCACUUUGACAACUCUGUAAAUGCCGUUUCUUUUGGGUUUGUUGCCACUGCUAUUCUCAUUUCUAUGUUCCUUGUUAUGGCCAUUUUUGAGAGGUUUUUACGGCCUAGAUCAUCGCCCUCUGGUUCUAGGACUCAUGGGGAUCCUGAGGCUCCGAUGAUGUUCGAUGGCAAGCUUCGUUACCCUUCUCCCAAAAUGACGGUUUACGCUAGAGGGGUAUCGGUGUUGAUGCCCGGAGAACAAAUCCCUACUUACAUUGCACACCCAGCUCCGGCACCAUGUCCUCCGGAGCGCAUUGCUCGGCCUCUCCAUCAACAUAGCCCAUGCCAACCUAUCUCCUUCUUCAGCUCAAUUUCAGGCGACAACCUAACUUGACUAGGCAAAAAUGCAUUUUUUUUUCCUUCUUUUGUAUUUGUCUUUUUUUUUUUUUUUGGUCUUUUUCAUAAAUUCAAGCAAGCCCCCAUAACUCAGGAACCUGGAUUCUCUGCGGCAGACUGUAAAUCAGCCAAAAUGGAGAUGGAGCCAAGGCUUUUCUUUUUGAGGGCAAGGUUGUUAUCAGAGUUGGUAUGUUAUCUUCAAAGGAAAUUCAAGUAGAAAAAGACAUGUAUAUUUGGAAUUGAUGAUCAUGGCAAAAUGGUUUUACGCCUCCAAAACCAUAUUAGAAGUUACUCUCUUUUCACA